UUGAAAUUUGUCAAAGAACCUGUGCUAUUAUUUGGCUUAAGAAUAGUUGCCAACACCUUGGUUGGAUGCAUAUCUUCAAGACCAUUUAUCCCGGGAUGGUUUAAGUGCUGAUGUGAUAAACUCUACUUCCAGGUAUCGUGAAUACUGGUCUGUGACCACUAGUACAUAUUCUUUGUUUGGAAAUGGUCCACAAAAGUCUGCCUCCACCGUUUCCCAUGGUCUUUCUGGUAAGCUUGUCAUUUUAGCUGGCUCGGUGUGAUGUGUGUUUGUUGAUACCUGGCAGCUGAAGCAUGUGCUAACGAUGUCCUCAAUCCGCUUGUUCAUUCUUGGGAACCAGUAUUUCCGCCUUAGUAGCUCCUUUGUCUUUGUGAUGCCUAAGUGUCCUUGCUUGUGGAAGAUUGUGAUUAUAUUGUCCCUCAUGGAUUCAGGUGGAAUUAUCUUGUCCAGUCUUAACACUACGUCGUCGCUUGUGUAGAUCUCUGUCGUAGAUCAUAGUACGGUGCUAGGUCAGGGUCGUUUUUGUCCCAUUGUCCCGUGUGAAGUGCUGUCUGUAACUUCUGCAGUACUCGGUCUUUUCUUGUUGCUGUCUGUAUGGUUUCCAUGACAACUGCGUGGUUGGUCUCUAUUAUUGCUUUGAUGUAGUGCUCGCUGUCCGAUUGCUUUUUGUCUGGAAUCGCAUGUCUUGAUAGAUAAUCCGUCAUAUUGGAUUUCCCUGCGAUGUAGAUUGCUGUGAAAUCGAGGUUUUGCAUUUUCAUCACAAUCCUCUCUAUACGUGGCGGUAACUUCGCUCUUGGAUUGUUCAACAGCGGUAGUAAUGGCUUGUGAUCUGUCGCCAGUUGGAAGUGUGGUGAUCCUAGGAGGUACAUGUUAAGGCUUGUGGUAGUAGAUUCUGCUGCAAGCGCCUCUAGAUUUGUGAAUAGCGUUUCUCUGUGUCAGCGUUCUGCUCACGAAGUGCACAGUGAGGCAGACCAAGAAAUCGCCUCUUUGGCUAAUUGCUACAAGUGCCCGGUAACAAGCAGCGACAAUGACUUUUUCAUCUUCGAUAUCCAAGCUGGAUUUAUUCCUUUCGACUAUCUCAUUUGGCGACAUUCACGCAAAGAACGAAUCGAGGCAACGAUUUACCACAGAGAAGCGUUUCUUAUGCAUCUCGGUUUGAAGCCAGACUUGCUUCCCCUAUUAGCCUCGAUUAUUGGAAGCGACUAUGUCAGCCCUUCCAUGCUUACGUCUAUCCAAAGCGAAAUCGAAAACAGCAUGCCACGUGGCCUGAAAAGGAUCGAGUACACUGCCCAGUUUCUUCGUAAGUUCAGUAGUGUCGAAGAGGCUACAAGAGCUGUUGUUAGUCUUGCAAGGGAAAAGGACAAAGAAGACUUGAAGAAAGCCCUGUACAUGUCGAUAGAUAGCUACCGCAUACCUCCACGAUCACCUCUUCUCGACUUUCUCACCGACAGCAACGCAUCAGCUGUUACAGGUAAUAAAAGUGUUGACGAUCCGUCUGAUGGUGCUUCCUCAUCAGUUGUGGGGGCUGGUGGUGGUUCCUCGUCAGUUGUGGGGGCUGGUGGUGCUUCCUCGUCAGUUGUGGGGGCUGGUGGUGGUUCCUCGUCAGUUGUGGGGGCUGGUGGUGGUUCCUCGUCAGUUGUGGGGGCUGGUGGUGCUUCCACGUCAGAUGUUGGGGCUAAUGGUAAUAAUAAUGCAAGUGUUUUACCGGUACCUACUUGGGUGCUGGAAAACCAUCGAAAUGGCUCAUUUCCUAGUUACUAUAUCUCAAACUUAAUGACCAACGUAGCACUACUACAGAUACAGGUCCAGAACAUACAACAGAAAUCAGCCAAUUAUUGUACGUUCACGCUACGUCAGGCCAUCUACGCGAUUGUCUUGGGACAAGGAGAGAAAAUCAACGAAUAUAUAAGGGACGGUGAAACCUAUAAAAUACAAGAACAUACAAUCAAAGCAAGAAAUGGUUUCGACCUUCCAUCUCUUAGCACUAUCCCUACGUUAUCACUGGAUCAGAGAAUGGAAAUCAUGAUGGAAUUAUUGGAGUCCAACACUUCUUUUAUGAGGUCAAUAGAAUAUGAGUUCUUGCUGUUUGCUGCCGCAACGCGCUUCUGGCUUCUCAAUGCUGACCCACCAAUUAGUAACGAUGAACUGAAUGCAAUUCUCUUCACUCAUUUGAGGCUUCGCCGCAUUGCCGAAGAUGGUAAAACCCGUUCUCCGCGUCGUGUCAAUGAAAUCCAGUUUAAUGUCGACAGGCUUCAUAGCUUUGCACAAUGGCAAGCCGUAAUGCACGAGGCAAUAAGCUUGGCCCAAGUCCUAGACUUGCUUCAUUUGGAGCCCGCGAUCCGCAGCUUGUUCAGUGGUAUAAUGGCCUUUGACAUGCUGCAGCCGAAAGGAGUACUCAGCGACGCCGAUCGUGAGGUUCAUCAAGAUCUGCGUAAAGCAAUAGUCGAAGGGAGCCACCUAAAUUAUCUGUGAUGGUUUCUUGCCAAAAGACUCGGUGCCUAAAAUGUUGGCGAGAAAAUCAAUAUUUCUAUGGACAAUGCCAUACCCCUUGUAGUUACAAAUGCAUCAGGACUUUGGACUCAUCGUGUUUCCUGCAUAUUAGGCGCGCGCCAAUGGGCAUGAUGGCAUUUUCACCAUGGAAGGCGUAGCUCCACCCUAACUUGAUGGUUGAAUCCAGUCAGUAUAUCUGCCCAUGGGUACGGCUAUAGAUAUUGCAGUUGCUUUUAAGAAUUAUGAAUAGACUGAACACUACAUAUCUUAGGGGAUUUUUAGCAUUAUUAAUAGACUGAACCAUAUCAUAUCUUAGGGGAUUUUUAGAAUUAUGAAUAGACUGAACACUACAUAUCUUAGGGGAUUUUUUAGCAUUAUGAAUAGAACGAACCAUAUCAUAUCUUAGGGGAUUUUUAGCAUUAUGAAUAGAAUGAACCAUAUCAUAUCUUAGGGGAUUUUUAGAAUUAUGAAUAGACUGAACACUACAUAUCUUUGGGGAUUUUUAGGAUUAUGAAUAGAAUGAACCAUAUCAUAUCUUAGGGGAUUUUUUAGCAUUAUGAAUAGAAUGAACCGUAUCAUAUCUUAGGGGAUUUUUAGCAUUAUGAAUAGACUGAACCAUAUAUAUCUUACAUAGGGGAUUUUUUCUAGCAUUAUGAAUAGACCAAAUCCCAUAAACUCUAUCUAGGGGAUGUUUAGCAUUAUUAAAUAUCCUGCAAGAGAAAAACAUUGUUUUAGGUAAUACCAAAAAGGCUUGUCAGUCGUUAUGUAUAACUAUAACAUUUAUAUCGAAUGAACCGUCCUUUAACUAGUAGAUAGUAUUGAUGUAAUUUAUAUCGAAUGAACCGUCCUUUAACUAGUAGAUAGUAUUGAUGUAAUUUAUAUCGAAUGAACCUUCCUUUACCUAGAUAA